CGUCCGUCCCCGCGUCGCGUCCCGUCCUACUUUCCAUCGUCAUCGUCAAAAUCUCUCCCUCUUUCUGGCGCUUCGCUUCUCGCUCGGUGGCGUUUCGCGAGAGAGAGGGAGAGAACCGAUGAGGAUGACGAUGGCGAUGGAAGGAGCAGCUCUGAAGCUCGCUCCUCCCGGGCCGUUCCGCCCUAAUUCCGCCCUCGCUCUCGCCUCCGCCGCCGCCUCCUCCUCCUCUUCCUCUAGGGCUUCCUUCCGCCGACUCUCCUCCUCCGCCGCCGCCUCCUCCUCCUCCUCCGUGCUCGCCGACAGCGAUCCCUCCGCUUCCGGUUCUCUCUCCUUGGGCCACCUCACCCGCCCCGACUUCCCCAUCCUCCACCAGGAGGUGAACGGCUCGAAGCUCGUCUACUUGGACAACGCCGCCACGUCGCAGAAGCCUAGCUCUGUCUUGAAGGCCGUGCUGGAGUACUACGAGGCUUACAACUCCAACGUACACCGGGGGAUUCAUUUCUUGAGUGUGAGGGCGACGGAUGAGUACGAGUUGGCCAGGAAGAAGGUGGCCCAGUUCAUCAAUGCGGGAGAAUCUAGAGAUAUUAUUUUCACUAGAAACGCUACUGAAGCUAUCAAUUUGGUUGCCCACUCCUGGGGCCUUUCGAAUUUGAAACCGGAAGAUGAGAUCGUACUCACAAUUGCUGAACAUCAUAGCGCUAUUGUCCCUUGGCAAAUCAUCUCGAAAAAAACUGGCGCCAUUCUUAAAUUUGUGGACUUGGAUGGAGGCGAAGUGCCAGAUGUGAGCAAAUUAAGAGGAAUGCUUUCGAAGAAGACAAAACUGGUCGUAGUUCAUCAUGUAUCGAACAUGCUUGCUUCAAUUCUGCCUAUCGAAGAUAUUGUUCAAUGGGCACAUGAUGUUCAGGCUAAAGUUCUUGUGGAUGCUUGUCAAAGCGUGCCUCACAUGGUGGUUGAUGUCAAGGCCCUUGAUGUCGAUUUCCUUGUUGCCUCAUCUCACAAGAUGUGUGGGCCUACAGGCAUUGGAUUCUUGUAUGGAAAGAGUGAGCUGUUGACUUCCAUGCCUCCAUUUUUAGGUGGUGGAGAGAUGAUUGCUGACGUCUUUCUCGAUCAUUCCACAUAUGCGGAACCUCCGUCCAGGUUUGAGGCUGGAACACCUGCAAUUGGGGAAGCAAUUGGACUAGGAGCAGCCAUAGAUUAUUUGUCCGAGAUUGGCAUGCAAAAGAUUCAUGAUUAUGAGAUGGAACUUGCAAAUUACUUGUAUGAAAGCCUUCAAUCAGUUCCAAGUGUCCGUAUAUAUGGUCCAAAACCUUCAAGGAAUAUUAAUCGUGCUGCUUUGUGCUCAUUCAAUGUUGAGGGCUUACACCCCACUGAUAUCGCGACAAUUCUCGACCAGCAGCAUGGGGUUGCCAUCAGAUCAGGACACCAUUGUGCUCAACCCCUCCAUCGCUAUCUAGGAAUCAGUGCGAGUGCACGUGCCAGUCUCUACUUCUACAACACUAAAGAAGAUGUAGACAACUUCAUUCAGGCACUCAACAGUACAGUCAAUUUCUUCAAUACUUACAAGUAAAAGGUGCCUCCCUAUAGUAUUCUUUAGGGACUUGUGCAUAAAUAUGUGGAAAUUGGAGUUAGAUUUUCGCGCCUUUCCUUUUCUAGUCAUGAGUGUUUAGGUAUACCUUCUGUCACGUCAUUAUCCGAGUGCUUGCUCCAGGAAUUCUCCGGGGGUUACUCUGCUUCAAAUCAAUUAAAAACCUACAUUGUAUCCACAUCGUAAAAUUAGCAUCCGCUGAGUUUUUAAGUUUUGGUCACUUGAUU